GCAAAACACAAGGGAAAGGAAAAUGGUGGAACGCCGUGAUUCCUCCACAAAGAAAACCAUAACAAAUGCUUAAACCAACCUUGAACGAGGGAGUUAUACUUCGACGCUCUACAGGAGGUGAAAACAGUGGACAUAUUGGAAUGUGAAGCUGACAAUGGGUGCGAAACAAAGCACAAACACCCCAACACGGACACGGACGUUUUCGACAGGGGAUGCGGGGGGCUCGCUCGCAGGAGCCCAUUUCGCUAUUCCAGCCAGCGUUGCCGAGAGUCUAGGACUGCCAGGGACUAGCAGCGGUGGUGAAUACUCUCGUAACAGAGCCAGGAGCCUGGGAGGGGUGCCUAGCACCUCAAGUAACGGACAUUCUAAUGGACACCCCAUAGGAAUACCUAACAGUAGUAAUAACGGACUCCACGGGGGCGCCUCAAGGGGGGCCGAGGGACAUUCGAGUCGCAGUACCCCCGAGGAGACCUCACGUGCUAUGACGAGCACUCGAGGACUGGCCCAUUCAUUACCAGUACAUUUGCUAGCGUUUCCAGGAAUUUCAGGGCUCAAGUGUCCAAUUUGUUCCAAGCUGGUAUUGCCUGAUGAUAUAGAGUGUCAUCUAGUCAUGUGUUUAACACGACCAAGAAUUAGUUAUAAUGGGGCCUCAGUAUUUGAUCUCCUGUAA